UUCCUUGAUGCUGCCUCGAAUCCCUCUUCAUCUUCCCUCCGACGAUGACCUACCUCAUAAAGCUUCCUCAACACAUCCCUUCUCCCUUUUGCUGGUGUUGAUCUCAUGGCCCGGAUGGGGAGCAACAACAUACAAGCCAAGCUGGUGCUUCUUGGAGAUAUGGGAACUGGAAAGACAAGCAUAGUGCUGAGGUUUGUCAAAGGCCAAUAUUUUGACUCUCAGGAAUCAACAAUAGGAGCUGCAUUCUUCUCUCAAGUUCUAUCACUUAAUGAGGGCAUUGUAAAAUUUGAUAUAUGGGACACUGCUGGGCAAGAACGAUAUCGUAGUUUGGUCCCCAUGUACUACCAUGGUGCAGCUGCAGCUAUCAUUGUCUAUGAUAUAUCAAACAUGGAUUCAUAUGUUAGAGCAAAAAAGUGGGUUCGAGAACUCCAAAGACAAGGAAACCCAUAUCUGAUAAUGGCAUUGGUCGGGAACAAGAUUGACUUGGAGGCAAAAAGGAAGGUGGAAUCUGAGGAAGGCUUGCAAUAUUCCCAAGAGAAUGGGUUGUUCUUCAUUGAAACUUCUGCAAAAACAGCAGAGAACAUCAACGAGCUCUUCUAUGAAAUAGCCAAGAGACUUGCUAAAGCCCGGCCACCGCAGUCAUCCGGGAUGAACUUGUCCAAUGAAACACAAGUCAGGGAGAGAAGGCUGUUCUGCUGCUCGGGAUGAUCACAUCCAUGACCAACUUGAUGCAUUGAUCUUGUCCAAUCAAACUUUGAUCUUGUUACUUGUAAAGGUUUAGAAAGCCAACGAGUCAAGAUGCCUAUCUGUUUUAAGUGUUGUCCUGCAUGAACUCAGUUGAUUGUGGCAUCAUAACAUCUACAUUGCAAAAUUAGCCAUAUUACACCUGCACAGGCAACUCUCAUGCUCUCAGAAACAGGACUUGGUUUGGUUGAAGUACAUGUAAGGCAAGUAUGCCAUUUACUUGAUGCAAAAAUCUAAAUAUCAAAAUCAGAUGAGUCUGCCACAUCAGGAUAGCAAGUCUGUGCUGAGUGGGUUUCAUCAU